AUGGCUAUAACACAGUACUUUCCCUGUGCUGCCACUCUGUCUCGGAACCAGGCGAAAACCGGAGAGUCUCACUUCGCCGGCAUGUUCCUGGUGUUGUGGGCACAAGCAGUUCCUCUAGUGACGUUGUCAUUGGUGACUAUAGUCUGUAACGGCCUCGUACUCUGGAUGUUCAAGGUCAAGCGUUCCCUCCGCAGCUGUAAGAACGUGUUCCUGGUCAGUCUGGCUCUGGCAGAUUUCAUUAUUGGAGUGUGCAUGUUAGUCACCACCGGACACCAAAUAGCUCGACUUGCGCGUAGACACGAGUAUCAUCAUCACCCAUAUGGCUCGUCGAUCCAUGCCAAAGAUCGAGACUUUGUCUCUGAACAUUUUACAGACUCUAAUUCGUUAGAAAAGAGCUCCAACAUAGUUUGUCAUCUCUACCUUACUCUCCGCCAGGGUGCGCUGUACGUGUCGUUGCUGAGUAUUCUGCUCAUAACCAUGGACCGAUGGUGGUCUAUCCACUACCCGUUCUCCUACCGAGCCCGCAGAAGUAAGAGAGUGGCCGUACUGGCAGUCCUUCUGCUCUGGGUCUUCGGGUUCUCCACUCACAUCUUGGCGGUAGUGAUGUGGGACUGGAUUUUUCAACUCCCAGAUGCUAAAGCUAAGAUAAAUAUCUCUACGGCACACCAAAAUAGAACUGAAAUUGAAAGCUCCUACCUAAUACCAAACAACCAACCAGGAUGUCAGCUGCCAUUUGCUGAUGAUUUCCUCUUUAUGAUGGUUGUGUCCGCAGCUCAAUACGUGAUCCCUGUCUCUGCGAUGCUCGUUCUCAACGGGAGCCUGUAUCGUGGAAUUCUGGGGAGAAAGAGAGUUCAAAUUCGACGUUCAGUGAGCUCGUCCGACCGCCUCUAUCUCUACGACGUCUCUGUCACGUCACUUCCGGAUGCUGUCGUCUCUUGCAAUCAGGACGACGCGGCGAUACAACAACAAAUGCACCUCCUGUCGGACAUGGCAACCUCUCAGAUCGACACUAAACCUCACUGCAACUCUCAGGAAGUCAGCAAACAUCAUCGACGUUGCUCGAGGGUGGCAGACGGUGUCCUGCGUCGACAUUCGGUAUGCACCAAAGUGCUAUUACCCAGGUCCCACCCGCAAUCUGGCUCUUCCUUUCAACUAUCCCUCCCCCGAAGGCGUAGUUUAUCACAUGUUGUUUCUGGAGGAGUCUCCAACAGUAAAAUCGGAUCCACCUUGAGUAGCUUUAAACGCCCACAUCUGAGCGCUAGAAGGGCGUCCUCGAACUCUAACAAUGAGGGUGAGAAACUGGCUAAAGAACUGAUGGUACGCCAAGAUCGUAGAGCUGCUGUGUGGUUAGGGUUGCUAGUGCUUGUCUUCCUCCUUUGCUGGUUGCCUCAUACCGCUCUCAGUGUGCUCAGAUCUCACAGGAGCGACGCUGUUCCCGGCUGGGCUUUAGAUCUGUCUCUCUGGGUCUUACUUGCGAACUCAGCGGUAAACCCGCUCCUUUACGGACUCUUCAACAAGGAGAUACGUCGAGCGUUUCGGGCUUGGGCAUGUGGAUCACAACACAGAUUCCGGCUGAAGAACGCUCUUAUUUAUCAUAGCCUGUAUCUUAACGCUCUCGCCUCCGGUGGCAGACGGUUAUCAGCUUUUGCCAGUUCAGACAGAUUACAGGGUCUCUAG